GCUAGAUCAGUUUGAAUGGAGGGCGAGGCAUCCGCAAGAUUGGAAUCAGUAUAAAAUGUCAAAAGUAAUGCACGUAUUGUACAAAUGCCCAUUAUGGAUGUUAGCAUGUGGCUAUUUUUUUAUAGCUACCUAAUGUGAGCAUGCAACACCCAGUAGUGAUCAAAUUAUGAAAUGAAGACGUCCAGUCGGAGUAAUGUCCGUCCGUCUCUCCCUGUCCUUUCUCUGCCAUGCCCCACGAAUUCUGCCUGACGACAACGGCGGGAUUCCAAUUGUUGGUGUUGUCUCUCUUUUUGGGCCCCCAACGGCGGUAGUGGGCGUGGCUGCGUACGUGGGCGACGAGGGAGACGUGACCAGUCUCGAUAGUACCGGCAGCGCCCUCGCGUGGACAGAAAGAAAGAAAUCGGGCAUGUGUUUCCUGUUGCAACGAGCCUUUGCGGCCACGCGGAGGCGCUGUUGUACUUUUCAAAGAGGACCAGCAGUGUGCCAACAAUCUUCCCACGAAAAGAAGAAGACGACAACGAAGAAGAAGAUGAGGAAGUGAAUGAACACACAAGUAAGGAGGCGCUUUAAAAUGAAGAAGAGUAUUUAUUGUCAUUUGCAAUGACGCAGUGUGUCGUUGUUCAAGUCGGACAGUGCGGAAACCAGAUCGGUUGUCGUUUUUGGGAUCUUGCUUUGCGCGAGUACGCCCAUUACAAGAAAAGCGGCCUGUACGACGACGCCACCGGCGCCUUUUUCCACGCGGCGGACUCGAGGAGCGUCGAGGAUGGGCGAUUCCGACAGCUUAAAGCUCGAGCGGUGCUGCUGGACACGGAGGAGGGUGUGAUCGGUGAGAUCCUGCAAGGCCCUCUAAGAGGACUGUUUGACAGUACUCGGCUCGUCGCAGGAGUGUCGGGCGCAGGCAACAAUUGGGCCGUUGGACACCUGACCUAUGGCGCCACCUACAGGGACAAGAUAGUCGAUCAAGUGAGGAAGGCGGCAGAAGAGUGUGACAGCCUGCAGUCGUUUUUUCUUAUCCACUCCAUGGGAGGGGGUACGGGUUCCGGGCUCGGGACCAAAGUCCUGGGCCUUCUCAAGGAUGAGUUCCCGGAGGCGUGUCGCAUCGCCGUCCCCGUCUUUCCGUCACCGGAGGACGAUGUCGUCGUGUCGCCUUACAACAGUUUGCUGGCCGUGAGGGAGCUCACCGAGAACGCCGACUGCGCGGCGCUCGUCGGAAACCGGGCCCUGCUGGACAUUUUGAACACGGGAGCAAAAUCCCACGGCGGACCGAACUCGAAAUCGGCGAGGAAGCGCUCGAGCGGGUCGGAGAGGCCUUUCGAUGCAAUGAAUAACAUUGUUGCCGACAUGUUGCUCGAUAUGACCGCUCCUGCCCGUUUUGAGGGUUCCCUCAACAUGGAUCUGAAUGAAAUCGCCACCAACCUGGUUCCUUUCCCGCGAUUGCACUACCUGGUCCCGAGCGUCAGUCCCGUCAGAACCGUCUCCGCGCCGGCCCCGAGCGGAGGACCGGAUCGGCUCUUCGCCGACGCCUUCGCCAAAGGCCACCAGUUGAUCAAAGCGGAGCCGAAGCGCGGCCUCCACCUCGCCUGCGCCCUCGUGCUCAGGGGCAACGUUCAAGUGUCGGACCUGCGCAGGAACAUCGAGAGCGUCAAGCCUCUGUUGCGCUUCGCCUCGUGGAACCCGGAAGGCUGGAAGACGAGUCUGUGUUCCGUGCCCCCCGUGGGCCACUCGCAAUCGCUGUUAGCCUUGGCCAACACCACCGGCGUGAAGGCCACCUUCGUGGAGCUGAGCGCACGCUUUGCCACUCUUUACAGGAAGAAGGCGUACUUGCAUCAUUACCUGCAAGUGGAGGGCAUGGAGCGGAGCUUCUUUUCAGAGGCCCUGACGUCUCUGCACUCUUUGAUUGACGAAUAUCAUCACCUCGAUGCUGGCGCGGGGGAAUGCAUACCCGUGGCAGCGAGAUUAAACAUCGCUAAAUAAAGUGCUAUUAGUCAACAUAGCAUCGUUUUGGCUCGGCUCGUGGAAUUCACACAACGGGAUGUUUGAAUGCGUUAUUGGGAUACACCAGUCAUGAAUUGUAAACAAUUGCCAAAUAAAUCGAAUUGUAAACCAG